CUGAGUUUCUCUCUCUCAGUCAACUGUUGCUUGCUCGGAAAUGGCUUCGUGCUCGCACUCGCUGAUUUCGUCUUCCUCUUUCUUCUCCGCGAAUCGAGCUCGAGCUUUUUCCCGCUCCUCGCCGUCGAUCAGCUCCGGAUUUUCGCUCUGUAAGCCCCUAUUUACUCGCCGGAACCCUAGCAUUACAGUUUUUGCAUGUCGACGUAGCUCCUCCGAUGAGCACUCGCCGUCCAGUAAGCUUUUGGAUACUAUCUUCGUGGCCUGCACUUCCGCCGCCUUGUCUCUAUCGUUGUUCCUUGUCGAUGUCGAUGCCGCAUCCGCCUUCGUAGUCACUUCGCCGAGGAAGCUGCAGACUGAUGAGCUGGCUACCGUCCGGCUUUUUCAGGAGAAUACGCCUUCCGUUGUCUAUAUAACUAAUCUCGCUGCCAGGCAAGAUGUGUUCACAUUGGACGUGUUUGAGGUGCCUCAAGGUUCUGGUUCAGGUUUUGUGUGGGAUAGAGAUGGAAACAUUGUCACGAAUUAUCAUGUUAUUCGUGGUGCAUCAGAUCUCAGGGUCACUCUAUCUGAUCAGAGUACUUAUGAUGCAAAAGUUGUUGGAUUUGACCAAGAUAAAGACGUUGCUGUACUACACAUUGAUGCACCCAAAGACAAGUUGAGACCUAUACCAAUUGGUGUAUCUGCAGACUUGCUUGUUGGUCAGAAAGUAUUCGCUAUUGGAAAUCCUUUUGGGCUUGAUCAUACACUCACCACUGGUGUCAUCAGUGGACUCAGAAGAGAAAUCAAUUCUGCUGCAACUGGCCGCCCAAUACAGGAUGUUAUCCAGACAGAUGCUGCUAUAAACCCAGGGAAUAGUGGAGGGCCACUUCUUGAUAGUUCAGGAAACCUUAUUGGUAUAAACACAGCUAUAUACUCCCCUUCAGGUGCAUCAUCAGGUGUUGGAUUUUCUAUUCCAGUUGACACAGUAAGUGGCAUUGUUGAUCAGUUGGUAAAGUUUGGGAAAGUCACCAGACCAGUUCUGGGAAUUAAAUUUGCCCCAGAUCAGUCUGUAGAGCAACUUGGAGUUAGCGGCGUGCUUGUCUUGGAUGCUCCUCCAAAUGGUCCAGCUGGGAAAGCAGGGCUUCAAUCUACUAAGCGUGAUUCCUAUGGCAGACUUGUUUUGGGUGAUAUCAUUACUUCUGUAAAUGGUAAAAAAGUCUCUAACGGCACUGAUUUGUACAGAAUUCUUGACCAAUGCAAAGUCGGUGAAAAGGUGAUUGUGGAAGUCUUGCGUGGUGACCAGAAGGAAAAGAUUCCUGUAAUCCUGGAACCAAAGCCUGAUGAAUCGUAGGAGCCCGAGUUGGAUCAAGGAGUAACGUUAAACUUGCUGUAUUUAUAAAAGAAAUCUCCCUAUGCUAAUUGUUUCUUGAUAUCUAAAUUGUGUACAUAAAAGAAUAUACUGUAUGACAACACACUUUCGUUCCGCCCCCUUUACCAUCGGACAUUGCAGGUAUAUAUUUUUCGACCCUGAUGUAUUUGUUAAUAUUAAUGGGCAAAUUUGUAAACCUAGACAGUA